CCCGCAGGGCUGUGGCUGCUGAAGUCCUGCUCUCGUGGAGAGAGGCUCUGCCAGAUGAGCCCUUCUCCUCUUCUUCCGUGUGGUGGUCACUGCGACUCCAGCAGGACAGAUUCAGAUGGUCCUGGUGUGGCAGUUCUUUCCCUGGCUAGGAACUGAUGCGCCAGAACCUUCAGAAGAGCCAGGCCUACCCCCGACACCGACCUAGUAGCCACGCAGGCCCCACAAGCCUCCUAGUUAUCCCAGCAGCGACCAUGUACACUUUCCUGCCCGACACCUUUUCACCCGGCAAACCCAAGCCCACCAAAGAGCUGAGGCCUCUGCUGGGCUCCGCGGCCCUGGGACUGAUGCUGGUGCUGGCAGCAGUUGUGGCCUGGUGCUACUACAGCGCUUCACUGCGCAAAGCCGAACGCCUGCGCGCAGAGCUGCUGGACCUGAACCGAGGCGGCUUCUCCAUCCGGAACCAGAAGGGUGAGCAAGUCUUCCGCUUGGCCUUCCGUUCAGGCGCCCUGGACCUUGACUCCUGCAGCCGGGAGGGUGCCCGGCUCGGCUGCUCCCGAACAGCCGAUGGGCGCCCGUUGCACUUUUUCAUUCAGACUGUGCGACCCAAGGACACUGUCAUGUGCUACCGCGUGCGCUGGGAGGAGGCUGCACCGGGGCCUGCUGUGGAGCAUGCGAUGUUUCUGGGAGAUGCCGCAGCGCACUGGUAUGGCGGUGCAGAGAUGAGGACCCAACACUGGCCCAUCCACCUGGAGGGCCAGCAGGAACCGCAGCCUUUCGUCACGAGCGACGUCUACUCUUCUGAGGCGGCCUUCGGGGGCAUCCUCGAGCGCUACUGGCUAUCUUCCCGCGCCGCCGCCAUCAAGGUCAAUGACUCAGUGCCCUUCCACCUGGGCUGGAACAGCACGGAGCGUUCGAUGCGACUGCAGGCACGCUACCACGACACGUCUUACAAGCCACCCGCUGGCCACCCUGUGGGGCCGGAGCUCAGCUAUCGCGUGUGCGUGGGCUCCGAUGUCACAUCCAUCCACAAGUACAUGGUUCGGCGUUACUUCAACAAGCCGUCCAGGGUACCGGCGUCAGAGGCCUUCCGAGACCCCAUCUGGUCCACAUGGGCGCUGUAUGGGCGCGCCGUGGACCAGAACAAGGUGCUGCAGUUCGCCCAGCAGAUCCGCCAGCACCGCUUCAACAGCAGUCACCUGGAGAUCGAUGACAUGUACACGCCCGCCUACGGCGACUUCGAUUUCGAUGAGGGCAAGUUCCCCAACGCCACCGCCAUGUUCCAGCGCCUGCAGGAUGCUGGCUUCCGCGUCACCCUUUGGGUGCAUCCGUUCGUCAACUACAACUCGUCGCGCUUCGGCGAGGGCGUGGAGCGCGAGCUGUUCGUGCGCGAGCCCAGCGGCCGGCUGCCCGCGCUGGUGCGCUGGUGGAACGGCAUCGGCGCCGUGCUGGACUUCACGCGCCCGGAGGCCCGGGACUGGUUCCAGGGGCACCUGCGGCGCCUGCGGGCCCGCUACAGCGUGGCCUCCUUCAAGUUCGACGCGGGAGAGGUCAGCUACCUGCCCCGGGAUUUCAGCACCUUCCGGCCUCUGUCCGACCCCAGCGUGUGGAGCCGGCGGUACACCGAGAUGGCGCUGCCCUUCUUCUCGCUAGCCGAGGUCCGCGUAGGGUACCAGUCCCAGAACAUCUCCUGCUUCUUCCGCCUGGUGGACCGCGACUCGGUGUGGGGCUAUGACCUGGGACUGCGCUCUCUGAUCCCUGCGGUGCUCACCGUCAGUAUGCUGGGCUAUCCGUUCAUCCUGCCCGAUAUGGUAGGUGGCAACGCGGUGCCGGAGCGCACAGCCGGCCGCCAGGACGGGCCGGGGCCCGAGCGCGAGCUCUACGUGCGCUGGCUGGAGGUGGCCGCCUUCAUGCCUGCCGUGCAGUUCUCAAUCCCGCCCUGGCAGUACGACGCAGAAGUGGUAGCCAUCGCGCACAAGUUCAUGGCGCUCCGUGCCUCGCUCGUGGCGCCCCUGCUGCUCGAGCUUGCUGGGGAGGUCACCGACACCGGCGACCCUAUCGUGCGCCCCCUGUGGUGGAUCGCGCCGGGGGACGAGACGGCGCACCGCAUCGACUCCCAGUUCCUUAUCGGGGACACGCUGUUGGUGGCACCGGUGCUGGAACCUGGGAAGCAGGAGCGUGACGUCUACCUGCCCGCCGGCAAGUGGCGCAGCUACAAGGGGGAGCUUUUUGACAAGACGCCAGUGCUACUCACGGAUUACCCUGUCGACCUGGAUGAGGUCGCCUAUUUCACCUGGGCAUCCUGACCCAGCUCAGAACCCAGGAAUCCCGCAGCCCUACUCCCAGCCUUCAUACAGACUUGCAAUCCUCCACCAUGGUGAACCUUCAGGAAGCCCCUACCUCUACACUACCUAGGAAGUGGGCAAGUGGCUUAAAAGCGCAAUAGCUCACAGCUGUAGGCGAGACGUGGGAGAGGAGGUGCUGAAACAACCGCUCCUGUACCCGCGCACAAUCCUAAGAGCCCUCUUACCCGCACACUCACUCCACUCUACGCAAACCCUCCUCCCUGGAUGGAGGCCAGAGAACUCAGAGGACAAAGGUCUGCUCUUUCCUACACAGCCUGCUUUUAAAAGCACAGAGAAAGUUGGGCGCGGUGGCACACGCCUGUACUCCCAGCACUCUGAGAGGUAGAGAGAGGCAGGUGGAUCUCUGUGAGUUCUAGGCCAGCCCAGUUUACUCAUGCCCAGGCCAUCCAAGGCUACACAGAGAAAGAGAAACCUGUCCUCUCCCUGCCCUUUGUAGCCAUCUUUGUCCACUGAAAUAAGGAAAUGAUUCUCUUUAAAAGUUCUGAAAUAGUUUUCUACCAUAUUAAAAAAAGUGUACCUUUAAGGUGGGCUGUGGGUGGCACACACCUUUAGUUCCAGCACUGAGCAGGCAGAGGCAAGCAGUUUUCUGUGAGUUCGAGACCAGCCUGGUCUACAGAGCAAGAUCCAGGACAGCCAGGGCUACACAGAGAAACCCUGUCUCAAAAGAUGAAAAAGACAGCAGCCAGGCCAUGAGUUCACAGCACACACCUGAGCCGUGAGUGACCUGGUCCCACUCCAUCUGGAGCAGAAAAGAUACAGAUGUUGCAUUUGGCCAGCCUUCAAGGAAGUCAAAGGCCUCUUCCCAAGCAGUAGGAGAGCUGAGCUGAGCCUGCACUAAUUGUCUCUGUUUGUGAAGAGACUCUACACUGCACUAACCUGUUUGUGGAUAUACUGGACUCAGCUUUGGACCCAGCCCUGGGCCAGAUGUGGCUGGACUCAAUGCCUUAAUUCAAGAACCUGUAUCUGUGUGCAUGUGUACACACAUUCAUGUCACACACAGAGAGGUACUCACCACAGCUCUCUGAAUUUACAGGAUGAACGGAAUGCCUCUGAGACUAACUAAAGAAACCUAGAUGAGGGUGUGGGGCAAACUCAGGGCUUUGGGAGCUGAGCUAAGCCCUUCCCAGGUAGUUUCCCCAAGAAGAUGCCAGGCCCAGGCUAAGAGUUUAAAGCUCCGUGUUUCUAACUCUAAGGAGCUGACUCAGUAGGAAGGCACUUACUGGCAAGCCUGACAACCUGAGUUCAAUCCCAAAAUCAUGUUGUAAAAGGAGAGAACGUAGGAAAUAAACGGCCCUUUAAGAUUAUUUAGCUGUCUCACUGUACAUAUGCUUUCAAGAAUGUCCUAAGGGGGAGCCAUAUUGUUAUUCUGGCAGUGAUGUGCUUGGCAUAUGAAAGACACUACACACUGGCUGACCCCCAACACACAUGUGGGGUCAAGUCUUUCAUCCCAGCGACUCUGUUGUAAGGUCACCUCUAGCCAUGGGGAGUUUUUCCCAGCUAAGUCUGGAGGAGUGUCAGACAAGGGAAGCGCUAGCUUCCCUCGGCGGCGCUGAUGACAGCGCCUGCGUCCCAAGUCCUUCACUUCCUCUGCGUGCAAAGUGCCGGAUGAAAGCUUCAGGACUCUCACAGACACCCAUCUCCAAUGCCAAUUCUUUUUCUUUUUUUCUUGCAAUGUUGAAGAUAGAACCCAGAGCCCCAAGCAAGCACUCUUGCAGUGAGCUCCGUCCCCAGUCUUCAUUUGUCAACCAACUGCUUAACACCACUGAGACUCAGUUUUUUUCUACAUAAGUGAUGAUGAGGCCUACCUCUAUGGUCAAGAUAAGCACAGAUGUAUGUAAAGUGCCUGGCACAAAAUAGGUGCUCAAUAAAAGAUAACUGUUGUAGUA